UAUACUACUCUUUGGUACAGAGACUUGAGAGUAUCUAAUAUCUAUUGUAAAGUUUACCGCAUGUUUACCGAUUGUUCACGUGCGACCGGUGACGUGCGUGAUAACUGUUUUGUUUUGGUGCAGUUCUGAAUUCAGUUAGAUUUGAACCAUAACUCAAAGACAAUCAACAUAUAAUUUAAUUCACAUGUACCUACCAUUGAUUCAUAAUUUUGUUAUAAAACUGUAUUUCAAUAGAUAAUAUCUAACGAGGUCUCACAAAUUACAUUUUAUUGAGUUGUAAAUUAAUAGGAAACAUGCAGAUCUCAAGUUUGAUUAGUAAUUAUUCUAUAAAUAGUGAUAAUAUAGUUAACGUUACCGUAUUUGAUUCUCCUGUUGGAAAAGUAAUAGCGGCAGGUGAUGUCGAGUUUAUAUAUUUUGUUUGUUUUGAAGACUCCAAGAAUGUUGAUAAAAUAUUUAAAACAGUGUCAGAAGAAUUAUCUUGCUCAUUCAAAGAAGACAAGAAUAAAUUGCUGGAAACAUUAGAAGAUGAAUUUAGACAGUACUUUGAAGGAACACUCAAGAAAUUUACUGUUCCUAUUAAAACAUUUGGUUCUGAUUUCCAAAAGGAAGUAUGGAAUAAACUGUCUGAACUGCCAUAUGGAUCAACACAGACAUAUGGUGAUAUAGCACAAGCCCUGGGCAGAUCGGGAGGUCAUGCUCGAGCAAUAGGAGCUGCUUGUGGAGCCAAUUCUCAUUUCAUAAUAAUCCCAUGCCACAGAAUAGUAGCUUCUGCAUCUAAAGGAGGUUUUAGUGGUGGUCUGGAUAGGAAAGAGUGGUUGUUGGAACAUGAAAAACUUUAUGCUGAAUGAUGCUUGGAUAAAAAUAAAAAUUCUUUUUAUUACA